CAUCACCCUGUCUCUAUCCACCCAACUGGAUCCCCACCAAGCACCGCAUAAUCACAAUCUCUGAGAAAAUGGCAAAACCCAUCAAUCCAUUUCCACACAACAUCAGGCCAUGACCCCUUCCAUGGCAAAAAUAUGGUCAAUCUUCUUCUUCCUUCUCGCCUGGGUUUCAAGAAUCAUUUUUUCUACUGGUGACGACUUUGUUUACAGUGGGUUUACAGGUGACACCAUUAUUCUAGACGGGGUUGCUGAGAUUAAGAGAAAUGGCGUCCUCAAGCUCACUGGAGACAAGUCUAAGAUAUUCGGUCAUGCUUUCUAUUCAAAGCCGAUAAAUUUUAAGAAUUCUAUUUCUGGGAAAGCUUUCACCUUUUCCACUGCUUUUGCUUUUGGGAUUGUUCCCGAGAUUGCAAAUUUUGGCGGCCAUGGGUUAGCUUUUGUGAUCUCAAGAACCCAAGGUAUGGAAGGGGUUCUCCCAAGCCAGUUCCUGGGUCUUAUGAACUCAACCAAUCUCGGGAAAUUCUCAAACCAUUUGUUUGCUGUUGAGUUUGACACGGUUCAAGAUUUAGAGUUUGGAGAUAUUAGUGAAAACCAUGUCGGUGUUGAUAUCAACAGUUUGGUCUCUAAUGCCUCUGCAAAUGCUACGGUUAGUCUCCAGAGUGGAAAGAAAAUUCAAGCUUGGAUUGACUAUGAUUCAUCCAAGAAUGAAUUGAAUGUGGCACUCUCACUUUCUUCAGAAAAACCCAAUUUUUCAAUCCUCUCAUUCCCGCUUGACCUCUCUCCGAUUUUUGAGGAGAAUAUGUUUGUUGGCUUCUCUGCUUCAACUGGUUUACUUGCCAGCUCUCACUAUAUCUAUGGAUGGAGUUUCAAGAUUAAUGGAAAAUCACAAUCUUUAGAUCUAUCUUCACUUCCUUCUUUGCCCCCUCAUCCCAAAAAGAAUCAUUAUAUGGCCAUGAUCUUAAGCGUUUCUUUAUCAUCACUAGCUUUUAUUUCAACGGCCUCCCUGAUUGUUACAUGCUUAGUUUGUCGAAACAAGGACUUGGAUGUGGUUGAGCCUUGGGAACUUGAAGUUGGUCCUCAUAGGUUUGAUUACCAAGAGCUCAAGAUAGCAACAAGAGGGUUCAGAGACAAAGACCUGCUCGGAUUUGGCGGGUUCGGUAAGGUCUAUAAGGGAAUUUUGCCUAAUUCCGGAGACCAAGUAGCGGUUAAGCUGAUAAACCAUGAUGCCAAACAAGGUCUGAGGGAAUUUGUGUCUGAAAUUGCAAGCAUUGGCCGACUUAGGCAUAGGAAUCUAGUUCAAUUGCUUGGGUGGUGUCGAAGACGGGGUGAUCUUCUACUUGUUUAUGACUUCAUGCCUAAUGGGAGCUUAGACAAGUACCUUUUCGGAGAACCAAAGGCAAUAUUAAGUUGGGAGGAGAGGUUUAAGAUCAUAAAGGGUGUAGCUUCGGGGCUUUUAUAUUUGCACGAAGAGUGGGAGAAGACAGUUAUUCAUAGAGACAUCAAAGCUGGGAAUGUGUUGUUGGACUCAGAUAUGAAUGGGCGGCUCGGGGAUUUCGGGCUGGCAAAGUUAAUAGAGCGUGGCGAGAAUUCAGGGACCACUCGGGUUGUGGGCACAUUGGGUUAUUUAGCUCCCGAGCUAACAAAAACUGGAAAACCUAGUACAUGCUCGGAUGUUUUCGCGUUUGGCGCGUUACUUCUUGAAAUCGUGUGUGGGAGGAGGCCUAUAGAGCGGAAAGCACUACCUGAGGAGAUGAUUUUGGUGGAUUGGGUUUGGGAGAAGUGGAAGGAAGGCACGAUUCUUGAAGUGGUUGAUCCAAGGAUGAGAGGUGGUGGGAAUUACAAUGUGGAUGAAGUUGUGCUUGUGAUUAAACUAGGGCUAAUGUGUUCCCAUAAUUCUCCAACCCAGAGGCCUACUAUGAGGCGGGUGGCAAAAUACUUGGAAGGCGACACAAUGCCCCCAGAUACUUUGGUGUCAGCGGAUGGAUACCGCCCUAGCAACAAGGGCGGUAUUGAGUUUGACAAAUUUCUUUCGCCAUAUCCAUCAUCGUCAAAUUAUGAGAAUAUUAGCACUUGCUCAUCUAUAUAUAAUAGAGAUUAGAGAGUGAGCUAUUGAUCUUGAAGCUGAUUUAGGUGGACAUGGGGAGCAGAUAAUGCAUAGAUGGAAAACCUCACUUUUUGAUCCUGAAGGUGAUUUAGGUGUACUAUAUUGUGCAUUUUGAAGGGCGGUUCUGGCACAAAUUAAGUUUCUCCCCUCACAGUAGGCCUCUGGGUGGGAGAAUUAUGGUAAUUUUUAAAUUCAACUCACAAGAAAGUGAGAAGAAUGUCAAACAUGUAUCUGUGUUGGUAUGUAGGCAAUGUAGCGCAUUUAGAUUUUGAAGAACAUUAAAUUAAACAGCGUUUAUUAGUAUGCAAAUAAAUUUAUUUCUUGAUUUUUUCAAAUAAAAAAAUAGAAUGCUCAUUUAUAUAGGAUUCGGGAUGUUCAAUUUAUAAAAUUACAAUGAUAGUCG